AUGGACCUUGAAGCACUACGAGCUGCCGUUCUAAGCUCAAGAAAGAACACCACCGCACCAGCCACUCCUUCCGCAGAUCCAUCUACUCCUUCUUCCACUCUCUCCCCCGUCUCCAAUGGCAUCUCGAACAGCGCCACCACCAUAACAACACCUAUAACUACUACUACUACGGCUAUUGAAACAGCAGCCAGCACAGCAGAGAUAAUAGCAAAAGUCAGGGCACAAGCCAAUGGCAGAACUGCCAGUCACCGCCCUCCCACUCAAGGCUCAGAUUCAUCCAACACCAUUGAGUCCGACAAGGAAGAGGGAGAAAUUAGCGACGAGGAAAUGGAUACAAACGAACCCUCAUCGCACCCUACUCCAGUCAGCGAUAGCCCAGUCACUGCGAAUCUUCAACUCAAUGUUGCUUCUGGCCCCGUCGGUGCACCCCAGCGUCCAAUCUCGCAAGGGUAUCGCCACCAAAAGCAACUCUCAGAGGGGGGUGGAUCACGAGACACAUCAAAGACGACAACGACUUCGGAUAAUGGGAAAAUGAACGCUAUGAAGGCCGAACCAAGGAGGGACUUCACCUCCCUCCUGGCUGACUAUGAGCUUUCAAAGGCGAGGACGGAUUUCAGACCACAGUCAGUGGCCAAGAUUUCCGAUCCUGCAGCAAUCUCCGACAUUCCUGGACUUGGACACCUCAGGAACCGAGAACGCUCCUACUCGCGCGAGUCUUAUCCACGGAGUAGAGAACCUGUCCACCGCGGACCCGAUCGUCUAGUUCACCCGCCACAACGCCAACUUUCCAGUCCAGCCACCUUCCCCGAUGGAUCCAAUUCCUUUGGCUCAAGUGAAAAGCCCCGUAUUGUCCCACAACCUCCAAAGCCUGAACCCGUGAAAAUGACACAGAUACACACCCUGGUCGACACACUGCUCGGUCACGGGGUACUUCCUGAAGCGCUCUUGCAAAGGAAAAUCGAUCCCGCCGUUAUCAACGAAGUGGUUCAGCAGAGGGCAUCACGGCAAGGACUGGCGUCCUCAACGGUGCCGACACUCCCAUUCCCACCAAACCCUCUAACACCUUCGCCCAUCGUUUCGGCCAACCCACAAACCCAGUCCUUCUUCCCUCAACAACCAUGGAGCGCAGCGCCACUUGCGCAGCCGGCAGCCUUUGUACCGCCAGUUUCCCCAGCAGCGAGCCAUACCACAUCGGACGCGAUGGAGGUCGCCAAUCGAUUGCAGCACUUCCUUCAAACCCAAUCUACACCAUCUCAACCACAGCCUCCCAUGCCUGUUUCUUCAUCAAGCGAUGAUAUUGCUCGAAAACAACUCGAGAUGAUCCUUUCAAUUGCGUCAAAAGUUUUGCCACAAGGAUGGAACUCCUUGGUCCAACCAAGCCAAGCCGACAACCUGACAGCUGCGCCAUUCGCUCUUGGUCCUACUACCUCAGCACCUAGUCCACCCCAACCUCUCCACAACAAAGAAAUCAACAACAGCUCGGACACGUCUCUUGUCAUUCCACUUCGCCACCAGAAUGAUGGAGACCAAAUCAAGCGGGAUGCGGUUGGAGCGGUGGGAGCUUCAGGAACACGGAUGUGGAGUUUGUCUACUGAAGAACGCGACACUACAAAGAAGUUUGGUGACCUCACCAUCUCUGGAAGCACACCACCACCACUACCCAUUCGACCUGUCGAACCUCCGAUAAUUCGCGCUAAUGUUGCAUCCGUGAACAACAGUGCUCCAACGAUUAAUGGGCGACCACAUCCCAUUGAAAAAGCCGUCCUUCCUCCCCCACCGCCACCACCCUCGCUGCCAUUUGCACCACCCCCUCCCCCGCCACCACCCAGCUCUCCUCCCGAGGAAGAACGCAUGCCCACCGGACCUGCUUCUGACCAAACACCUCCGGAAGCACCACGAGGUGCAGAGUCUACUGGGACGAACAGGAAAGUGCAAUCGGCCCAGCCCACUGAUUUAUUAUGCAUGGAGAGCGUACCCGCUGGUCACGACGCGCCCUCGUCAGGUUCCCAAGACGAAAUGGAUAUGGACUUGGACGACGGGUAUGGAGGUUCGAUGAUUCUCAACGGGUCAUGGAAGACGAUGGAGGAGCGGACCGUCAAUGGCUCGAAUUUCUCGACUCAACAAACUCACAACCGAUCAACACUACUCCACAAUCUACCAUAUGGCGCACCUGGCCGUUCACAGGUUCACUCUGCUCCCGCAUCCAUCGUCAACACUCCCGUGAGGUCGCCGGCCCAGGCAGAGCUGCAUUCAGGAUCGAUUACUCCUCGCGGCAACACAAGACGAGCGACAGCGUUGGAUUUCAUCUCGAAACUUUCUCAACCAACGCCAUUUAUCAUGGAACGUCAGCUCCCAUACCUUAUCGACCUGGAUGACGAAGACGGCGAUGAGAUAGGAGGACAGUCUACACCAGAGACUUUUUCGGCACCCAAACUAAGGAUGAUCUCAACCUCCGAUCGCUCAGAGUUCCUCAACCAGGAGAUGAAGAGGUUGAAUGAACAGAUCGCCGCCAGAGAACGGGCCAAAUUGUCGUCGCCUUCGACGCCUAUCGCCCACAAUAGUAGCCCCCAUUCGCCGGCACAGGGAGUGCCUUCGCCGAUGAAUCAACAACCCGAUCUGACGUCGCAGAAAGCUAGUCCUCAGCAGGACGACCAGGAGAUGACUUCAGAGAGCUCCUCGGCACCUGCAACGGACGAAGCCGAUCUACUCAAGGAGACCCUCAGCAGUCACACCAAAACUCUGGAGCAGCUUCGGUCGCAGCUGCAGCAACUCGAACUGGAGAAGAGGUCUGCGGUCGACUCUUUGGGAGCGGAAACGCUUAAGUCAGAGAACGACCGACAGGAUUUGCAGGAAGUACAUCAGACCCUUCUGGCCGCGAAAGAGGACGUUGCACUGAAGGCCAAAGAGCUCGAUGAGGCGCAACAUCACCUCCGUCAAACAGAAGAGUUAUUGGCUCCCCUUUUGAAUCGCCUAGAUGCGUCGACCGCCGCCAAGGCCCUGCUGCAGGAGCGACUCGAUCGGGCCGAGUCAUCCUGCGUCGAACUUAAGGCUUCGAUCGCCAGUGUUCAGCAGGAUAUUAUUCGGAAGCGCACACGCAUGAUGAUGCUCGGAUCAAGUCCAGCAACCAAAUCUACCGCCAAGCCCUUGGACACCAAGGGCCAAUCGAGUCAAGAGAAGCCAGAAGAGCAGAAACCUGGCGAGGAGGUUGUACAGAACGCCGUUGCGGGUCAAGAGAUGGCUUCGUCAGAUGACUCCGGUCCUAAACGAGCUUUCGAGUCGAAUGGAGCAACCUGGGAUCCAACGGUGCCCAAGAAGCCAAAAAUUCAGGCAAAGGAGGAAUUGUCUGCCCUCACUAAACGAAUGAACGAAUUGGCCAAGGAGAAGGAGCUACUCAGCAUCGCAGCUCUACCUUCCGCAUCCAUCCAGGCACCUACGCGACCUUCGGCCGCCAGCAUGAACGACCAGUCGAAUGUACCCGUCUCAUCCCAGAGCAAUAUCAGGAGAGCUCCUUUGCAACCUACCAGAGCUCCGGUCCCGACAUCCGCCCCGUCUCUUCAUGUGAAGGCAUCCAGGUCCACGUACAAGCCCAAACUGGGCUCAACUGUCCUGAGCGGCUCGAAUACGCCGAACCUCUCCAUGCUGGACCAGUUCCUGUCUCUGCCCAAGACUUUACAAGAAGAGGCGCCUGCGAAGAAUCGCGCCAGCAACGCAACACCAUCGAUUUGGAGUCCGUCGACCGAGAUCAACAAGCUGUUCACAUUGGACAAUUCACUCUUUGAUAUAAGCCGACUCUGCCUUCCCUCGGACCUAGCCACGUAUCCCAUCCCUCAGCUUCCCAAGGAGACUCAGGGUGAAUCCGCUGCGCCGCUCCAAAGCAGCGAUUCUCAGGACCGGCCCUUGGAUGUCGCGUCCGCAUAUGAAUCGCCACUAACCAUGUUCAGGUCGUUUCGCUUCUCACCUCGGUUCAAGUCAACAGUGCGUGGAGGAUACCGCUCACUGACCUACAGCCACAAGAUCGAUCCAAUGAAACGGAUGUGUCUCUACGAGCUAUCAGGAGGCUCAUGCAACGACGACAACUGCAAGUCGCAGCAUAUUCGGGACUGUGGACUAACAGAUGAGGAACUGGUCAUCGACAUGGCGCGCUACUCAGAAGGCAAGAAUCCAGAGACCCGCAAGGUUUUCGCCGAUAUGAAAUCCGCCAAGCUUGCUCACCUUCGUGCCUCACGCAUUCACAACGCGGACAUUUUGGUUGACGCCAUCGUCAAGGCUCAUAACGAACUCGGCAACGGUCUUGGCUCAGCCCCCGUCGUCAAGUUUGGUCCCCGUGUUACCCUUCAAGGAGAACAAGCGUCUCCAUCGGCUGGAGAAAAGCCUGUGAUGCGCACUAGCCCAUCGGCCCGAAUCGACAAUAUCCAUGGAACUUCCGAGGGGGGAGACGGCUUGCUUGAUGAGCACCCCAUUACAAUGGUCAUCCUGACGAAAACCCUCACCGGAACUCUUCCUUCCAGGGUCAUUCGCUACCAUGACAGGCCAGGAUCAAUCGACUAUGAGGCCAUGUUAACGAUCGAUACUUCCAACGCAUCUAUCUGGGCGGAGUUCGCCAUGCACGAGCUCUCAUCUGCACUCAACAACCCCGAUAUGUUUGACGAACGGCUUCGUAAGGCGCUUAGUAUCUUAUCGCGAGCGCUUGGGACCCUCCCUACGACUGAAUCCCUGUGGGCGUUGUACCUGGACUUGUAUGCACGCUACGGGACUGAGCUGGAGACCCGCGCGAUGUUUGAGCAGUGCCUUCAAUAUGUGCCGCAGUCCCACCUGUUGUGGUUCAGAUACUACUUGUGGGAGAAGGGCGGCGACGAACGCGUCUUUGUUCUAGAUCGGAUGCUGCAAAUGGCUUGUCAGGAGCAGACAGAGGUGGCUGACCCAGCUAUCCAGUCUCGAUUCAUUGUGGACGUGGUCUUGCAGAUUGUCAGGAACAUGGUCAAGGAUGGCAUUGUGGAGGCAGCCAAGAACUGGAUGCAGAAUUUCCUGACGUGCACGACCUGGGAGUCGGUGCGCCCUUCGUCACUCUCGUAUGCACAAUUGGAUGAUGUCUGGCUGGAGCAGGACAUGGUGGAGGAUAUGUCGUCGACUCUUGCUUCGAGGAUUCUUUCAUCAAAAGACCUCUGCAUUCUGUGGCUCGCCUACGUUUAUUUGAUCUGGUUCCACGAGCUGCCCACGGCCCUCUUCCAUCAUUAUCCUAAUGAUUACCUGUCGGACGACAGCUUCUUUGUCAUCCAAUGGCCUGUCACUGAGGAACUUGAGCAGGAAACCGAACUGUACAGCAUUGUCCAUGAGAUUUUCCUGGGCCUGACUGUGUACUUUGUGGACCAGGAUGCUCGACUUCCUGUCAUUGCGCUCUUGAGGAACUUUGUUGGGUUCUUGAUGUCUCGCGGUCAGAACCAGGACGAGAUCAUGGAGCUGGUGAACCCUUCUCAGUUCUCUCCACGCCUCCCCGAGGUCCGCGACUUGUUUUGUGAGGUUCAGAUGCACUAUGGAAAUUACGCCAAGGCAAAGGAGCUUCUGGAAAUGACUGUGCAGGAGAUGCCAUUCGAGCCGUACUUUUGGAACCGAUAUGCCUACAUGCUCUCGGAGGAUGAGAAGGCGGGCUGUCUUGGCCAGUGUGCCCGGGCCUUUUUCGAUAUUGGUGAAGGCGAGGAGUUUCAUCAAGCCAAUGCUGGGCGCGAUUCGUCAGAGCAGGCUAUUCUGCUUUUCAAGAAGUUGCUCGGCCUUGACCUCCCCUACAACUUCAAGGCGCCGCCCACCAAAGUUGAUAUUGCGCCUUUCAAGACCAACACGUUUUUGUGGCUGAACUACCUGUCGCUCCUUGCUCUCCAAGCGAAGAAUCUCCAUUCAUUCGAUGACAUGACCAUGAUGCUCUCUGUCGCUGCCGAUUCUGUCCCGCGACUUAAGAGAUCAUUGAUUAUCGGAGAAUUAGCGACCCAUUCGAUUAUGCUUGCCCUCGAUAAGGUGUUCGAGACUGGAACUUUGGACAGCGUCAUCGAGUCGGCAACGAGCGACAUCGUUGUUUCGAAACCGAACCCGUACGACAAGAACCCCGGCGAAGACUGGGGAGUGUCGUCGCUCCACGACUUUAACCUUUUGAACAAGGUUGUGGAGACUGUCUGGGAACGGACCGCAAAGGGUCCUGACGAGUUGCGCGUCCAUUUGAUGGGCUCGCUUUCGCGACAGUUCCCCGAAGACUUUGAUCUCUAUCUCUGGAUGAUUGAAUUCUUCAAGGACAGCGAGUCGUGUGAGAGCGCGGACUUGAUCAAGCAAGCCAGCGUGUUUUCGCCCCUAGCCUACAAGUUGAACAGGAUGCCGGCCUUGGGACUUUCUGGGAACGGACAUGCCCUAAUGCCAUCAGGAGGAAAUGAUAGUGGAGCUGUCGUUAUCGAAAUCAACGAUGACGAUGAGGAGGAGAUGCCUAUGGCCAUGUAA